AUGAAAAAUCAAAAUUUAUUUAUUUUAGUUUUGUUAUGUUUAGCUAGGUCAUAAGAACCAUGGGAAAUUAUUUAUAAAACCUUUUAAGAUAAGGAUUCCAUGGAUUUAGAAGGGUGGGUAGUAAAAAAUAGUUAUACUGAAAAUAAGGUCUCCAAUUGCGCUGGAUAUACAUUAUUUGGAGGGUAUAAUUAAUUUUCAAGUAAGACAAUAGUAUAUAAGCACUUUUCUUUACCUCCUCAUUAUAAACUCAAAAUUACCUCACAAUUUUGGAAAAUUGAUAGUUGGAAUGAUGAGUAUGCUUAUGCAAUUGCAGACAAUUAUGUAUGGUCAUAGAUGUAUAGUUAUUCGGAUGGCACCCAGAUGUGUGGAAGAAGAAGUGAUUUGCCAGAUACAACCACACAAAUUACAAUUAUUACGAAUAAUUAUUCAAAAUCAUUACUAUUUAUAAUGACUUCAAAUCUGGAUGUUAAUGAUGAAGAAAGUUGGGGAUUUAGAGAUUUUAUUUUAUCAAUAUUAAGAUGUCCUUAAGGUUGUAUAUACUGUUAAGAUAAUGAUUAUAAUAAUUGUUAUUAUUGGAUUGACUUUUUAUCCUUGUGGUAUUAAUCAAUAGAACUUGAUGGAUGGAUGAAAAAUGAUAAUACCUUACCUGCAACAGGCUAAUGUGUCGAUAUUGUUCUUGUAGGAGGGAAGAGUAAUUUAGCCCCAAACGAUAAAUUAGGAAAAAUUAUAGAAAAUUUGGCUCCUCAUUAUAGAAUUUAAGUAAAUGUAUAAUUUUGGAAGAUUGGUUUAUGGAAAAAUGAAUAAUUUUCAUUAGAAAUAGAUGAUUAAAUUAACAAAACUGAUUUGGGAACUUAAGGCAUUUAUUCUAUUUGUGGAGCAACAGAAUUAGUUAAGAUAUUUAAUAUAGGAGUAACUUUAUCUCAUUCUAAGUCAUAAUGUAAAAUAACUAUGAGAACCAAUCUUAAUACUGAAACCACAGAUGCAUCUUGGGGAAUAAGAGCCUUUGAUAUAUAUCUUGCAAAAUGUUUUACUGGUUGUGAUCAAUGUAUAGGGCCUUUAAAAACAGAUUGUAAAGUUUGUUCAAGUGGAUGGAUUUUCUACAAAGAUUUAUGCACUCAUCCCCCUCCUAUGCUUUUUUCAUAAAUAUCAAUUACUUAAAAUAAAGAUUCUCAAUCAGAUUAAAGGAUUUCUAUGGAAAUCCGCCUAUUAGAAGUUGAUUAAUAAAUAAUUACUUAAGGAGAUUUUACACUUUUAUUCAAAAAUAAUUAAUAAAUAUUGACAGUUCAAGUCUAUGUUAAAUGCUUUCCCAACAAAACAAUAAAAAGUUAAUUUUAAUUUAACAACAUAGAAAAUUCACAUAAAUAUUAAUUUGAAAAAGAAUGUAAGUAAAAUUUCAAUAGUGUAAUUUAUAAAGUAAAAUAUGACUUAAGGACAAUUACAGAAUAAGAGUUGAUAUUUAAUACAUCUGAUACAAAAUGUUUAAUUUAUUAGGUAAUUAAAGUUGCUGGUGAAUCAGAACUCAUCAAAAUAUUAGAAAUUUUAUAAGAUGAUGUUUGA